AAUGUUUAAAACGUCAGACUGAGAGUAUCAGUAGGGUGGGGGAGGACAUCUCUCGCACGUGCCAAUACCGUACCAUCGUGCAAAUUCCAUUACCCGCUCGUUACGUUCCUUUCACAUCCCACCCAAUCAAGUUUUGCCACUUAAUACAUUACCAUGUACUUUAACGCACCCAACCAUUAUCCAAUUGUUCCUUAACCAAUAAGCCACAAUUUCGCAACCUUCAAAAAUCAAAGACGCACUCCCAAUCUUCUUCUUCGAUGGCGGUCGUUACCAAUAUCAGUAUCUCAACACAACCACAAAAACUACCUUCAACGUAACCCUCGAUUUUCAGUCCCCACUCCUUCUUCUCCGAUCGAAAUCACUCGCUCAUUGAACUUGUCUUUUCCCUUCAUCGCUUUGCAUUAUCUUUUAAUCGUUUCUUCUUCUUUCUUUAUGUUUUUCUUUUUUGUUUUCAACUCAAUCUUGCUUGCUAAUCAUUUUGUUUUUUUGUUUUGCUUUGCAUUUUUUUCAUUUUGGUUUUUUCGUUCUGUUUUCUUCUAGGGUUCUUAGUUUUUGUUCUACUGAGUGAAAAAAACGCAAUGAACUCUAGAGAAAUGAGUCGGGAUAAGAGGUCUCAGUCUCCGUCGUUGUUUGGACGGAGAACUUCCGAACCUCGGGUUGAAGAAUAUCCACAUUGUUAUUCGCAUUGGUUUUCACGUUCUUCACGGGAACGACCGAUGACGAAUGAACUUUCUGGUUCUUCUAUCAGAGACCAUUACAAUGGAAGUCGUCUUUAUUUUCAUAAAGACGAACAUUUCCGUAAACUCUCUCAGUUUUGCGAGAAUUUACAAGGGGAAUCACCGGCGAAAAAGUUUCAGUGGGAAAAUUUGUUUGUUAAUAAUAAUCUCGCCAAUGGGAAUUCGAAGGCGAGUAUGGGGUUGAAACAUGUUAAUGGGUCUGAUGGUGAUAAUCGAGGAAUUAGGGUUUCUGGUUCACAUUUGGGUACGUCGUCCAAGAGUAUUUUAGGUGGUAAUUUGCGGACAUUCCAUAUGAAUAUUGGGGCAACUAAAGAUAGUAACGUAAAGAAUAAUGGGGAUACUUCCAGAAGUGUUGGAAUCAAUGACUGCAACCAUUUGUCUUCUUCUAGAAAGUAUGAUGGGCCCCUGCAUGACAUCAAUGAAGUCCAUGUUCGGGACCGUCCGAUCUUUGAAUUAGUUGAAAAUUCUCAUAGAGGAAGACGAAACGAAACUUCUUCACGUGGGAUUCAAGCGUCUCAUCUUCACUCCAGUGCGCCUGUUGCUGAAUCUAAAGGCAUUUCGCAAGGCGAAUUUCAUGAUUUACUGGAGUAUAAACGAGCUCGGAGGAACCAUAUCGAACAUUUUGACGAUAGCAAUCAAUAUUUCUCAGUUCAGCCAUGUAAGAGGACUGAUAUUGAUGCUGGACCCAGCCGUCCCUUCUCUCAACACAUGGUUCGAAUCCCGCAAGACGAUUUCUAUCGAGAUUCUACAAGGACCAGUGUAGUAAUGGAUUCUGUUGUCGAAGGAUUCCAAGACACUGAAAGCCAUUUUGAAGAGACUACCCGACCAAGAGAUCACAAUGCUUUCAUUGAAGGUUCUUGUAUGAGCACUGCCCCUUUUGCGAUGGAACAGUAUGUUGAAGUUUUGGGUUCAGGAACUGAAAGUUCACAGGAUGGUGAACGAGAAGCAUAUAUAAGCAGUGAGAAAUUACUUUUGGUUGAAGAAGAUGGUUAUAGGACAAAUUUUGGGAAAUGGACGCUUGAAGAUGGAGUAAAUGGGUCGUCAGUUUCAAAACAUAAACAAGAUUUGGGCGACAUGGAAGACAGGAGAAAGCUGACAUGGAAAGCUCAACAUUCAACAAAGCCGAGGGUUGAAGGAGCAAGAAGCAAAAUGCAUGAUCCCGGGCCUGGUUCAUUUAAAAAACCAAAUGUGUUUAGCAGAAUCCAGUUUUUAAAUCAUGGAGAUGUUAAAGAUACUGAUUUCAAUUUAAACUGUAGAAACAACUGGCAGGUUGACGAGGAUACUUCUUUUUCCUCUAAACGGCAGUUGCCUUGGGUAGUAAACCAUGUCUCUCCACGUUCAAAGCUUAAACGUAGAAACCUAAAGAAACGUUUGGGUUUGCCCUUAGGGGAUCCCAAUUCAAACUCUUUAGUUAGAGAACGGGAACGUAAAAGAAACAAACGUCUGAGGAAGACAAAUGUCGAUCAUGGUUGCCUUGAUGUUCAAACAGGUGAUUACUUGGAAGAGAAGGUGCAAAGUCCAACCAGUAGGCCACCACUUGAAGAUCCAGAGGAGUUGAACCAGCUGAUAAAGAGUGCCUUUCUGAAGUUUGUCAAAGUUCUGAGUGAGAAUCCAGCCAGACGAAAGAAGUUAACAGAGCCAGGAUGUGGUAUUAUAACAUGCAUUGUCUGCGGCAGCAAGUCCAAGGAGUUUGUAGAUGCACUAAGCUUAUCACAACAUGCCUCUCGGACGCUGGAAGGAUCUAGGGCAGAACACUUGGGUCUUCAUAAAGCACUUUGUUGGCUCAUGGGAUGGAGCAGUGAAACAGCGCCAAAUGGUCUAUGGGUUCGAAGGAUAUUACCUCUCGAAGAAGUACUUGCUUUGAAGGAGGAUCUCAUUAUAUGGCCCCCUGUUCUUAUCAUUCAUAACAGUUCUAUUGCAAUUGAUAAACUAUCUGAUGGGGUAGCCAUAAGUUGUGAGGAGCUUGAGGCUGUUAUUAGAGUUUUGGUUUGCCCCAAAACAAAAUGAGCAGGAAUGGGUUGUGGAGGGAAGAUCAAAGUGGUACGUGGUAAACCCGGAAACCAGAGUAUUAUGGUAGUAACUUUUGGUGCAAUGUUUUCUGGGUUGCAAGAAGCAGAAAGACUACACAAAAGCUUUGCAGAUAAGAGUCACGGUAGGGACGAGGUCCAUAAAAUCAAUCUGAGACAUCUCAUUGACAGCAACGUGGAUCUGCAUAAAGCAACAGGAGCAAACACAUUGGAGAGUGUACUUUAUGGCUACUUAGGCCUUGCCGAGGACUUGGUUAAACUCGACUUCGAGACCAAGAAGAGGUCUGUGGUGAAAAGCAAGAAAGAAAUCCAAGCCAUUGUAAAUGCAUCUCUUCAGUGUUAGUGUUUACUAAGAGUUAGUUUUUGUAUAGAAUGUCUCAUGCAUUGGUGUCGGUUAUUCGACCGUCAUCCUUAGUUUUGUAUUUGGGUAAACUAAAACUAGUUUCUGUAGUCUUUUUUUUUGUUGGUGGGCAAAUUUUUGGUGGGAACACAAUUUUGAUGUGUGUUUUGUCAAGAGCUUGGUAACAGAUUGGAGUUCUCUUGGAUUAAGUUAGGGGAUUGAAUUUACAUUGGCCUUUUGCCAUCAUUGAACUGAUUUGAAAUGCUAAUUGUAUUUAGCAAAAAAUUAUCCCAUGCUUAUAGUUGCCUUGGAUAA